AUGGAUAUUGCUCAGUUGCUCCUAUUCGCGUCCCUUCUUCUCCCGCUUCACGCGUCAGCGGCGAAACAUCAGAGUUCAAAUUCCGGCAGUGGCGACACCAUCGUCUUCACCACUUUAGGACGAUCGCACUACGAGUUUGACAUAUUCGCCCUCUCCACGAGACAUCCGCCAUCGAUUUCGAGAGAGCUCCGGAUCACAGAUGGAGAAUCCGUAAAUUUCAACGGCUAUUUUCCAUCUCCUUCUCCGGCGCUCAUCUCUCUCCUUCCCGACGAAACCUUAAUACAGCCUGAGCCGGAAGAUUCGUCUCCUCUGCAUCUCAUCUACGUCACCGAGAGAAACGGUACCUCUAGCAUCUACUACGAUCUGAUUUACGGCGGCGAUUCUGAUUCCAAAAGGAAUCGACGAGCGAUUUUAGAAGCACCAUCUCGAAUCCCGGUUCCGUUGUUAUCAAACGCUGUUCAUCGGAGUGUCACGACCGUAAAUUCGUUUAAAGAUAAGCCAAGUUUGAGUGGUGAGUUUCUCGUUUACGUGUCAACGCACGAGAACUCAGGUGAGCCGAGGACGAGCUGGACCGCUGUUUACUCCACCGAGUUAAGAACUGGGUCAACUCGACGGCUGACACCGAGUGGAGUCGCCGAUUUCAGCCCUGCGGUGUCGCCUUCCGGAAAUUGGACUGCGGUGGCUUCGUACGGAGAGAGAGGCUGGACAGGGGAGGUUGAAGAGCUUAGUACGGACAUCUACGUAUUCUCGACUCGGGAUGGGACUCACCGGGUAAAGGUGGUGGAGCACGGUGGUUGGCCGUGUUGGGUUGAUGACUGGACUCUGUAUUUCCACAGAAGGAGCGACGACGGUUGGAUAAGUGUGUACCGAGCGAUCUUACCUGAAAACGGAGCGUUGACUAUAGAGUCAGUGAUAGUUCAGCGAGUCACACCACCGGGCGUUCACGCUUUCACACCGGCCACCUCACCCAACAACCACGAUUUCAUAGCGGUGGCGACGAGGAGGCCAGGCAACGAUUACCGCCACGUGGAGCUGUUCGAUCUCAAGAAGAGAGAGUUUAUCGAGUUGACUCGUUUAGUGGCGCCCAAGAGUCACCAUUUGAACCCUUUCCUCUCCCCUGAUUCGUCCCGAGUCGGUUACCAUAGUUGCAGAGGUCAGGCUAAUGGAAGGAGAAGUCCUCUGCUUCUCCUCGAGAACAUCCAAACGACAACAACGGAUCUCUCUCUCUUCAGAAUCGACGGUUCGUUUCCUUCAUUCUCUCCGUCAGGUGAUAGAAUCGCAUACGUGAAAAUGCCCGGUGUGUACGUGGUGAGGCCGGAUGGUUCGGGCCGGCGUGAAGUGUACAACGGGAUGGCGUUUUCGACAGCUUGGGAUCCGGUUCGACCAGGAACAGUGUACUCUAGCUCAGGUCCAACGUUCGCUACAGAGAGGACAGAGGUUGAUAUCAUCUCCAUUGACGUCGACGCAGCAGACACGUCAUCUUCCGUGAGAAGGCUAACCACAAACGGGAAGAACAAUGCUUUCCCAUGGCCAUCUCCUGACGGGAAACGAAUCGUGUUUCGUUCGGGUCGGACCGGUCAUAAAAACCUCUACUUAAUGGAUGCUGAGAUAGGCGAAACCGGCGGUCUAUGGAGGCUAACCGAAGGUGCGUGGACCGACACGAUGUGCAGCUGGUCACCUGAUGGAGAAUGGAUCGCGUUUGCAUCAGAUCGAGAAAGCCCUGGCUCGGGUAGCUUCGAGCUGUUCUUGAUCCACCCGAACGGAACAGGGUUGAGAAAACUGAUCCAGAGUGGCUCCGGUGGGAGAACUAACCACCCGAUCUUUAGCCCGGACAGUAAAAGCAUAGUGUUCACAUCUGAUUACGCUGGGAUCUCAGCGGAACCGAUUUCGAACCCGCAUCAUUACCAGCCGUAUGGUGAUAUCUUCACGGUGAAAUUGGAUGGCUCUAAUUUGAGGAGGCUGACGCAUAACUCGUAUGAAGAUGGGACACCCGCAUGGGCUCCUCGGUUCAUCAGUCCUAGUGACGUGGUGUUGCGCAGGAAGAAGAACGAUUCGAGUUGCUCCUUCGAUGACUGUCACUGGCUCAACAAGAACCCCACACUAAAAAGCCAAAAAAUAUCAUGUUAA